ACAUAGUUGCUACCAAGUUUCCUGCACAGCAUUUGAACGUUGACUGGCAGGCACGUGGGUGGUGGUUGCUACAAAGUUACACCCUAUAGUGUCCAGAAUGGGAAAUUUGUCAAAACAUCAAUCUAAAAAGGAAAGUAUCAAAGUUAUCAGAUGUAUUUUAGUAUGUAGUGGCUGGCAUACGUUGUUGAUCGUCGAAUGUUGAGUAUAAACACCCGAACGCAUUUUUUGUGGGAGGAAACCUCCUGUACGCAUGAUGUUGCAUUCACCAAACAACAUACCAUCCAAAAUGUGACGUUGUACUUACUGUACGCUAGCAUUUGGCGUAGUCUUCUACGCACGAUAGUAGCUUUCACUCAAAUGACAUUUAAAUGGCUACACUGUACAGCACAGUAUAUCGGUGCUCAAAAUGUACGAAUAGUAACAUUGUUUCCAUGUACUUUGUAACAAACCGCGCUUGAGUCGACUCUGCUUUGCAACCUCAUUGUUAUUUGUACAAGAAUCUAUUUGCGUUUCUACGUUUUUGACACACAUUUGAAAUGAACGAGGAGGAAGACUUUUUGCAGAAAAUAAGGCUGGGGUUUGAAGAACUCUGUCGAGCUUUGAAUAUGGACGUGGAGGCGAGCAACGAAGCAUGGAGGAGUUACGAAAGCAUAAGAAAAAAAUACACAUUAGAGGGCAGUGACCUACACUGGCUGGCCUGUGCCAUCUAUGUGGCCUGUAGAACACCAGUACCAACAGUGGAUAAGGGUACUGCAGAGGGAAACUACGUCUCCCUGACCCGAAUACUCCACUGUUCAGAACAAAGCCUCAUUGAGUUCUUCAACAAGAUAAAGAAAUGGCAGGAUAUGGCCAGUCUUCCUCAGGACUUCCGCCAGAGCACGGAGAAGCUGGAGAGAAAUUUCACAGUUUCCGCCGUCAUCUUCAAGAAAUACGUCCCCAUCUUCAAAGCCAUCUUUAAGGCGCCCUCGGAUGAACCACCCAGAGUCCACAGGAGCCGCAAACAGAGACGCCAUCCCUGCACCGUUGCUGAAGUCUUCAACUUCUGCUGGAUUCUGUUUGUCCACGCUAAAGGAAACUUCCCUAUGAUCAGUGAUGACCUAGUGAAUUCGUACCAUCUCCUUCUGUGUGCUCUGGACCUGGUCUUCUCCAACGCUCUGCUCUGUAAUACCAGGAAGGAGCUGCUCAACCCCAACUUCAAAGGCCUUCCUGAGGACUUCAGCAGUAAGGACUACAAGCCCACUGCAGGGCCUUACUGCUUCAUAGAGCAGCUGUGUGAACUGCAUGAUGGCCUGGUGCUGGAGGCCAAAGGGGUGAAGGAACACUUCUGGAAACCCUUCAUCAGUAGGCUCUUCCAUAAGAAGAUUCUCAAAGGGAAAGAAGAGAGCUUGACUGGCUUCUUAGAUCCAGUGAAUUUUGGAGACAGUUCUGUGUCCAUAGGCCGUGUGUAUGAGGAGCAUGUUCUGGCCACUGGAGGUCUGGAUGAUAGGAUAUUUUUGGGAGAGGGCACCCCAGGCCCCUGUCUCUGUGAGGGAGAGGAGAACCAGGACGCCUCAGCAUACAGACUCUACAACAGUCAGACUGCCUCAGUCCUGAAGCGUAUGUGUAUGCCGGUCUCUACUGCCAUGCAGAGUGUUGGUCGACUACACAGCCUGCUCACUGGACUGAAGCGCGGCCCCAGCCGGAGACUCACAGACUUACUAAGGUCGUGUGCCAGAGACCCCAGUGAGGUCAUCUCCACUAGGCUGAAGGACAUGUGUCAGCUCUUCUGCCAGCACUAUGAGGGCAACUGGGAAGAGAACGCAGGACUGGGGAAAGACAUCGCAGUGUACUUCUGCCUGGCAGAGGCGCUCUACUAUAAAACCCUGGAGGCCGUCAUUGACCAGGAGAAGAAGAGACUGGGCAACUUGGAUCUCUCUGGUAUUCUGGAGCAGGAUGUGUUCCAGCGCUCUCUGAUGGCCUGCUGUCUAGAGAUUGUCAUCUUCUCCUACCGACCCCCAGGGGACUUCCCACGAAUCAUACACAUUUUCCAGCUCCCUGCAUACCACUUUUAUAAGGUGAUCGAGGUGCUGGUGCGGGUGGAGCAGGGUCUGUUCAGGAAGGUGGUGAAGCAUCUGAACCAGGUGGAGGAGCAGGUUCUGGAGAGCCUGGCCUGGAGGGGGGGAUCCCCGCUGUGGGACAGCGUCAGGGGGGCCAAGAACCAACCACCCUCCUGCCAGGAGGUGAUGCCACCACAGCAUCUGGAGGAUGGGGACGGAGCCGCCCCUCUCACCCCCAGCAACCAUGGCACUGACCUGGGCGCCAACCGUGGUGGGAAAGGUGUGUCCACCUCCACCACCACCAUGUUGGACCGCUACAGCUGCCCCGCCACGGGCUCGGCUAGGAGACGGCUGUUUGUGGAUGUGUCCUGCGACGCCCCCUCGGACCCCUCCACCACCAACCUCACUACCAACCUCAGGACCUCCCAGGCCAUCCCUGCUGGACAGACUGUGGUCACCAUGGCAACGGCCACAGUUACCGCUAACAACGGACAGACGGUCACCAUACCUGUGCAAGGAAUAGCCAAUGAGAACGGAGGCAUCACCUUCAUCCCUGUCAAGGUAAGUGUGACGGGACAAGGUACGCUCCAGCCCCUGUCUGCCCAGUCCCUGACUGGCACUUUGACCAGCCAACCACAGACCACCACCACCCUGAAAAGUCCCACUCUCCAGGGCAGCCACGCCGCCGGCAAGCCAAUCGAGAAGCCGGCAGCCCAGGGCCCGUCCAAUAACGGGCCUCAGAAAAAGAGUUCCCUCUCGCUGUUCUUCCGCAAGGUGUACCACCUGGCCAGUGUGCGUCUCAGAGACAUGUGUGCCAAGCUGGACAUCUCUAGUGAGCUGCGGAGGAAGAUCUGGACGUGUUUCGAGUACUCUCUGGUGCACUACACAGAGCUCAUGAUGGACCGACACCUAGACCAGCUCCUCAUGUGUGCUGUGUACGUCAUGACCAAGGUGACCAAAGAGGACAAGUCCUUCCAGAACAUCAUGAAGUGUUACCGCUCUCAGCCCCAGGCUAGCAGCAGCGUCUACAGGAGUGUGUUGAUCUCUGGGAGGAAGAGACGUCACUCAGGAAGCAGUGAGAGAAAUGGACAGAGCUCUCCUACAGAGACCAGCCAUGAGGGAAGUGGAGACAGCAGCCCCGUACCCAUGUGUUCCACCAGCACCCUACCCACCCCUCAGCCUGGCAGCACCCCAUCCACCCCCACCCUGGCCCCCUCCACCUUCCUCUCUACGUCCUCAUCCCUCCCUCCCUCCCAGCAGCAGGAUGAUGAAGGGGGAGUGGUGGUGGGGGAGGAGGAGCGAGGAGACCUCAUCCACUUCUACAACCGGGUCUACAUCAAACAGAUGCUCCACUUUGCCCUGCGCUACUCACCCAGCUCAUCCUCUGCAGGGCUAGAGUCUCCUCCCCUGUGCCUGUACCCCUCCCUGAGGACCAGCUCCCCUCGCAGGGUCCUCCUGUCCCACAACCACUCCAUCUAUAUCUCCCCCCAUAAGGCUAGUGACAGCCCCCCCACCGCUACCGCACAGGACAAGAUAGACUACUACAUCUGCAGUGGCCCAGCCAACCGCCUGGCGGAGAUCAACAGUAUGAUCCGCACCGGGGAGACGCCCACCAAGAAGCACAGUAUGCAGCUGGAGGAGGAGCCGUCUCCCAAGAGGUUGUGUCCGGACAACCAGACAGCCCUCUUCCGCAGGCUACAAGACGUGGCCAACGAUCGUAGCUCCUCCCACUAAGGUUGAACACACCCCCUUCAGAACACACCACUGGCUGAAGUCGGUAGUCACCAUACUAGACUGCCAUGUUAAAAACAAAUAAACUGGCAACAUCAUCAAUAUCAAAAUUGAUGAGGAUACAUUUGUUUUUCAUAAAGGAUAAGAUCUUCUAGUCUAAGGUUAGUAUGAUGGUUUAAUUUCAGAGUUAGCCUAGUGGUUGGUAGUUAAACAUCAGAUUUUAGGUUACUUCCGUCUAUUCUAGCAUGGCCAGAUUGUGUCCCUUAACACCAUAUUUUUCUAUAUACACCGAGUGCACAAAAUAUUAGGAACACCUCCUAAUGUUGAGUUGCACCCCCCCAUUUUGCCAUCAAAACAGUCUCAAUUCAUUGGGGCAUGGACUACAAGGUGUUGAAAGCAUUCCUAAGGGAUGCUGGCUGAUGUUGCCUCCAAUGCUCCCCACAGUUGUAUCAAGUUGGCUGGAUGUCCUUUGGAUGGUGGACCAUUCUUGAUACACACAGGAAACUUGAGAGUGAAAAUCCCGGCGGCGUUGCAGUUCUUGACACACUCAAAGUGGUGCGCCUGGCAUCUACUACCAUAACCCGCUCAAAGGCACUUAAAUCCACAAUCCACGUCUCAAUUGUCUCAAUGCUUAAAAAUCCUUCCUUAACCUGUCUCCUCCUCUUCAUCAACAUUGAUUGAAGUGGAUUUAACAUCAAUAAGGGAUCAUCGCUUUCACCUGGAUUCACCUGGUCAGUCUAUGUCAUGGAAAGAGCAUGUUCUUAAUGUUUUGUACACUGUGUAUGUCCAGAGUCAAAUUAAUGUAUUUUGUCUAGAAUACACAGUAAUUACAGAAUGGACUGCCAUUGGUGUGGAGCUUUGCUAGUUUGUGUAUAUGGUGGAGAAUAAUUCAAAAUCACAUGCAUUUUUAAGUGUAUUCUAUCAGUGUUACUAACUUGCUCAUGCCCACAAUUUAGCUGUUCAAUAUACUAUGAAUGAAUUCCUUUCAGUGUUUUGAUAUUCUUCUUGAGACAAAAUCCAUCAUUACACUCAUAUUCAGUAUGUAUUUAGGAUUUCAUAUCUCAGAAGUUUAUAAGAUUAGUUUUUUUAUUGAGUUGCGUCAGAAUAGAAGAAAGCACUUAACAAUGACCAUGUUCUUAAAAUAUUUUAUACAUUGUUUGGCCUUGAGUACAUGCAAGCAUUUCAAAUACGUAUUUUUAAAGCUUUUGUAACACCAGAGAAGAUGACAUGGUGUUGUUAACUCUGCCGGGUUUCUUUUCCAAAGUCUUUUGAGCUUAGUUUUAUUUUGUUAUUUUGUAUAUAAUUGUUUAACUAGGCAGAUCAGUUAAGGACAAAUUCUUAUUUUCAAUGACAGCCUAGGAACAGUGGGUUAACUGCCUUGUUCUGGGGCAAAACGACAAAUCUUGACUUUGUCAGCUCGGGGAUUCAAUCUUGCAACCUUUUGGUUACUAGUCCAACACUCUAACCACUAGGCUACCUGCUGCCGUAACAUAUUUAUGCUAUUUUUAUAACUUUAGAUAUGUUAGCAAAAAACAGUAACUUUCCAUUUUACCAAUGACGAUACUUAGUAGUAGAAUCACUGACAACAAUAUUUGUUUUCUGUCUCAUGUAGCUUCCAUUAAUUAUAAGGUAAUACUUUUAGUAUCCAAUACAUUUUAUAAUUGUGUUGUCAGUCACAAUGGCAUGUUAUCGUUUUGUUGAUCAGCAACUUAAAAGUAAUGGCAAAUGUCUUUGUCUGAACAUUGUUGUAAAAUAAAUAAAAAAUAAAGCAUAUUAUUUUAUCGUA